AGACGUUGCACAGGUGUAAGCCAUCAGUUUCUGUUACUUCUCGUAUUCUCUGUUCAGUUUUGUUUCUUUAACUUUAAUCACUUCGCGAUCAUCUGAGAUCUACUCUCUUUGUGAUCUUUCUUGAAACUUAGAAAAAUCAUCUGUCUUCUAUUCUUCUUGAUUCUCCAUGAACUGCUUCUGAAUUACGAGCGAAAAAUAAAAAGAUAACGAAAUGAGGCAUCGAAUUGGAUUCCAUUUUGCGAAAUUUAAACUCAAAACUGGACUGGAGUUAGGUUUAGGGCUUUUGAGAAGAUCGUUUGCUAGUGACCAAGGAAAGAGGUCAGCCGUGCUGUGGGGCAAUGGCGAUUAUGGGAGAUUGGGUCUUGGAAGCUUAGAUUCUCGGUGGAGACCUGCGAUUUGCUCUGCGUUUCAUAAUCAAAGCCUUAGAGCCAUUGCUUGUGGUGGUGCACAUACUCUCUUCUUAACAGAUGAUGGACGUGUUUAUGCCACUGGUCUUAAUGAUUUCGGACAGCUCGGCAUAUCUGAAAGUAAACAGUACUCAGUGGAACCAAUUCAGGUUUUUGGAUUGAAGAAGGAAAUUGUGAAAAUCUCUGCUGGUUAUAGUCACUCAUGUGCAAUUACAGUGGAUGGAGAACUGUACAUGUGGGGAAGGAACACGAGCGGACAGCUUGGACUUGGAAAAAGAGCUGAAUCUGUAGUUCCUCUGCCAACUAAAGUGGAAUUCUUGGACGGAAUCAAGAUUAAAAUGGCAGCUUUGGGUUCGGAGCAUUCGUUGGCUAUUAGUGAUGGAGGAGAGGCCCUAAGUUGGGGGAUGGGAGGAUCUGGUAAACUUGGUCAUGGCCACGAGUCCAGCAUUUUGGGAUUCUUAAGAAGUAACAGUGAGUAUACACCAAGGCUUAUAAAGGAUCUUGCAGGAGUCAAGGUUACAUAUGUAGCUGCUGGAUUGCAAACUUCGGCUUGUACAGAUGAGAAUGGUUCUGUUUUCAUAUUUGGUGAAAAAGGGAUUGACAAGUUGCGCUUUGGAGGGAAUAAUGCAACGAAGCCAUCAUUGGUUAGUGAACUUCCAUGCUCAGAAGAAGUUGCAUGUGGUGGCUAUCACACCUGUGUGCUUACAGAUUCUGGAGAGCUUUACACUUGGGGUUCAAAUGAAAAUGGUUGCCUUGGCAUUGGUUCCUCAGAUGUUAUUCAUCAACCUGAAAGGGUUCUAGGUCCGUUCCUGAAGUCCCCUGUUAGCCAGGUUUUAUCCUGUGGUUGGAAACAUACGGCAGCAAUUUCUGAAGGAAAAAUCUUUACGUGGGGCUGGGGAGGUUCUCAUGGGACUUUCUCCGAGGAUGGACAUUCUUCGGGUGGACAACUGGGUCACGGAAGUGACGUGGACUACAUAAAUCCAACAAAGGUUUCUAUUGAGGAGAAUAUGAAAGCAGUGCAAGUUUCAUGUGGAUUCAAUCAUACAGGUGCUAUAAUUGAAUACACCUAGGUUUGGCUGCCCCAAUUAUAUAUGCUUCCUUGCCAAUAGUCAACAAAAUUAAACAAACAUGAACACAGCAGUGAUGCCAUGCAUUUGUUCAUUUUAUUUAUGUUACCAUGUAUCUUUCAUAAAUCUCACCAGAUGAACACAGGAUCCUUCUUACACACACGACAGGCUCUAGGAAGUGGCGGCUUAACUUAAGUGGGGCAUACCCAUAUAUUGUAUUUAUUUUUGUUUCACAGGAAGACAAGAACAUGCAAUGUAUAUGUAAAUAAAGGUUCGAUGAUGUUCGAGUUGUGUAGAUCAGUGCUGGAAAUAAUAAUAAUUAAUAAAAAAAAGACGGAUAGCUCAUAUUA